GGAUGGGCGAGGCUCCGAGAGAACGGAAUAUGCGUUUUGGUCGACAUACUGCAAGGUAAAGCAUCAGAAAAGCGACCCUUUGGCAACAAAGGCUAUGUGUCUCUGUACACAAUAUCUUAUCGAAUGUGUUCGAAUGCUGGUACAUGUGACCAUUCAAAAGCUCUGUAUGAUAGAACCAAAAGCGAGAUAGAGAAUGUCCUUCAAAACCAUGUUGUGCCCGAACUAAAGAAGAAUCUUACAGACGGGGGUCACAUGAUUCUGAGCAGGUUUUCACACCAUUGGGAAAACCACAAGGUCUUUGUCAAAUGGAUGCAGCAGCUGUUCAGACAUCUUGAUAACGGCUACGUUGCAAACUCGUCAAUCUCGACUAUUACAUCGGUGGGUUUGAAACUUUUUUUUGACAUUGUUUUCGAUCGAUUCAAAGGAGAGAUAUGUGACUCGCUGAUAAACGCUAUCGACAAAGAGCGGGACGGCGCCGAUAUAGAUCCACAGUUAUUGAGAUCGUGCGUAGAAGUUUUUCCCGUAAUGGGACUGUGUUCAAAGUGCACAGAUUUGAAGACCGUUCAAUCGGUCUUGAACACACAGCCGGAUCUUACCGUGUAUGAAGCUGAUUUUGAAACUUUGUUACUGGAGAGAACCUCCGAUUACUAUGCACGGAAAAGCAUAGACUGGCUCGGGGCGAAGUCGACGCCGUCUUACUUGAGAAAGGCGGAGGCUGCUCUAGAUUCUGAAAGAGAGAGAGUCAGCCGAUAUCUUCAUAUGUCCAGCCAGCAAAAACUACUUGGCACCUGCGAAAGAGAAUUGCUCCAAAAACACAAAGAAGUACUGAUCGAACGAGAACAAAGUGGCUUGAUAGCUCUGCUUGCUGAGGAUCGAGCUGAGGAUCUCAAGCGCAUGUUCGAUUUGUUUCGGCGAAUAUCUGAUGGACUGACACCGAUGGCAACCACAACUAAGAAGUUUGUUCAAAUUCAAGGUGGCAAGCUGCUCCAACAGCGCCGUGAUCUUGUUCAGGCUCUAAAAUCCGAGGGGAAAAAAGUAACCGCAGACGACCCUAGUAUGAUUAAUUGCCUCUUAGCUUUGCAUGCCAAAAUGAGCACGCUUGUUUUUGAUCUCUUCGAUGGAGAAAACCAAUUUCAACGUGCAUUAAAGGAAGCCUUUCAAGACGUGAUAAACACAGAUGCCACCCCGGACAUCUCCAAUGUUGAGAUGCUAGUUAUGCACACAGAUCGAGUGUUAAGUGGGAAAGUGCGGCUUGCAGAAGAAGAAGUCGAAUCCUGCCUGGAGCAGAUCAUUCAACUCUUCCAAUUUCUGUCGGACAAGGACCUCUAUGCCGAGCUCUACCGCGAACAAUUGGCCAAGAGGCUUUUAUCAAGGAGGUCCACAGCAAUUCAUACUGAAAAGUCGAUGAUAGUGAAGAUGAAGACACAGCAGGGCGCGCCCUUUACCACUAAGUUGGAAGGAAUGGUGAACGACUUUACUUUAGGCAAGGAGCUUGAUCAGACUUGGAGCUCACAUCUUAAUAAGCUGAGAGUAGAAGGGUUGCCAGCUGAUCAGCUAAAAAUGAACUUUUCCGUCCAAGUGCUCACCCAAGGAUUUUGGCCAUCGCAGAAACAACGAGAGCUGCAAUUGUCUCGCGAAAUGAGUAAUGCACAGUCUAUGUUCGAUAAGUGGUACAAAGAACGUCACAGUCAUCGCAUAUUGUCAUGGAUAUAUGCGCUUGGAGACGUAAUUGUCAAGGGAGGAUUCAGUGAUCGAUCGUAUGAUAUGACUAUGACCGCGUUUCAAGCGAUGGCUCUGCUUGGCCUCAGCAGCAGAACGGAUGCGAUGUCAUUCCACGAGAUCCGUGACCAGAUGGCAAUAGAUGAAACAACCGGGAAAAGAGUUCUGCACUCUCUUUCCUGCGGAAAAUAUCGUCUUCUUAAGAAAACGGGCCACCCUCGAACCAUCAACUGUCUGAUGGACUCGUUUCACUCAAAUGCAUCUUUUUCGUCCAAGCUCAAGAGAUUCCUUGUUCAAAUGUCCGCAUUGGACGGUGAAGGUAAGAAGAAGGUUGACGUAGAAAUACAACAGCAACGUGGGUUUAGCAUAGAUGCAACCAUCGUACGGAUUUUGAAGGCCCGCAAACGGCUUUCACAUCAAGAAUUAGUAGGAGAAGUAAUUCACCAGGUGCAGAAUUUUGCACCAGAGAGUAAGCUGAUACGCCAGCGAGUGGAAGGGCUGAUUGAGCGAGAGCGUGCACCAUUGUCCCAAGCACUAGUAGAAUGCUCAUCAUUCUUAGCAUUCGCACAGGUACUUAAAAAGAGAUGACCUGAAUCCAAAAUUUUACAUUUAUGUUCCUUGACAUCACAGCAUUAUGCACAAGACACAUCUUGUGCACUCAUGAUACCUCGCGUGGCUUUCGCGUCAAGCUGCGACUACAUGGGGUGUCGCACAGGUGCCGCAUGCGGGUUGCACAUGCGGGUCGCAUGUGGGUCGCAUGGGGGGUAGCCAGCUCCCGGGAAAUCGGCCGCGUUCCAGUUUGGGCCGCGCCCGGGGGCCCAAACGGCACUGCAGCCUUCAGCUGCCGCCCAGCGCCUGGCCGCAGCGCCUGGCUACUUGGUUAGAGAGAUAGAGAGUUUUGUAUCUCCCUAGUGGCUCGCUGGUACAGAGCCACCCAACAUCCUUUCCCUCCCUUAAUACUUUCUAACCCUGUUAUAGUUG